AUCACAGGCGACCUAGGUUGUUUUCCCCCCUCCUAAAAUGUACGUGUCACUUUGGAUAGAAUUCAACAUAAUCACCUUUCCAAUUAAUUUCUCGCCGUCUUGUGACCUCACACGCGUGUAAAGAAUCAUGGCGGAACCCAGCAAGCAAGACAUUUGUGCCAUUUUCAAGCGGCUUCGCUCCAUUCCCACGAAUAAGGCUUGUUUUGACUGCUCGGCUAAAAAUCCCAGUUGGGCCAGCAUCACCUACGGCGUGUUCCUGUGUAUAGACUGUUCGGGAACACACAGGUCUCUGGGGGUGCACUUGUCCUUCAUCAGGUCCACGGAGCUGGAUUUCAACUGGUCAUGGUACCAGCUGAGAUGCAUGCAAGUGGGCGGCAACGCCAGCGCGGUGUCCUUCUUCAAUCAGCACGGCAGCACGGCCAGCGCCGCCAAUGUGAAAUACAACAGUCGGGCCGCUCAGCUGUACAGAGAGAAGAUCAAGACGCAAGCCACGUACGCCACCAGAACCCAUGGCACAGAGCUUUGGUUGGACAGUCAGGGUUCUGUGUCGUGCGCAUCACCAGAGGAGAAGCACGUUGAUUUCUUCAGCCUCCAUUCACAGGUAGCACAACCCGAACCAUUGUCGCGGUGUUUAGAAUUAAAGCAACACUCGGUAAGUGCUUAUGUGCUCGGUGAGCAGGAAGUUCCGGAAAAUAUGGCCAAGAUGAGCCUCAGCUGUGUGGCAUCGGAGACGCAAGGCAAAGAGGAAGACGGCAACGCGGAGAACGGCCCGAGUGUUGACAUGCUGAGUGCUUCCCCGAAGGCCAAUCCAGAACCUUUGUCCCUUCUCAAGAAGAAGCCCGGCGCCGCCAAGAAAUCGAUGGCCGCCAAGAAAGGCGGCCUGGGCGCUCAGAAGGUAAGCAGUCACAGCUUCAACGAGUUGGAGAAGAAAGCGCAAGCUGCAGACAAGCUCCGGGAGAAGGGAGAGGACGUGUCCGCCGGCAAGCAGCACAACGCGAAAACCGUGGAGUCCAUUUGUGCUCCGUCCAUGCGUCUAGCCUACCAAGAUCUGGAGCAGCAGAGGAAAAAGGAUGAGCAGAAGCUGAAGAAUCUGGACGGGAAGAAGCGCGAGCAAGCGGAGAGACUAACACACAGGUCUCUGGGGCGUUGUACUUGUACACUGUGUUUUCAUUUCCAGGCUUGUUUUGACUGCUCGGCUAAAAAUCCCAGUUGGGCCAGCAUCACCUACGGCGUGUUCCUGUGUAUAGACUGUUCGGGAACACACAGGUCUCUGGGGGUGCACUUGUCCUUCAUAAGGUCCACGGAGCUGGAUUUCAACUGGUCAUGGUACCAGCUGAGAUGCAUGCAAGUGGGCGGCAACGCCAGCGCGGUGUCCUUCUUCAAUCAGCACGGCAGCACGGCCAGCGCCGCCAAUGUGAAAUACAACAGUCGGGCCGCUCAGCUGUACAGAGAGAAGAUCAAGACGCAAGCCACGUACGCCACCAGAACCCAUGGCACAGAGCUUUGGUUGGACAGUCAGGGUUCUGUGUCGUGCGCAUCACCAGAGGAGAAGCACGUUGAUUUCUUCAGCCUCCAUUCACAGGAAGUUCCGGAAAAUAUGGCCAAGAUGAGCCUCAGCUGUGUGGCAUCGGAGACGCAAGGCAAAGAGGAAGACGGCAACGCGGAGAACGGCCCGAGUGUUGACAUGCUGAGUGCUUCCCCGAAGGCCAAUCCAGAACCUUUGUCCCUUCUCAAGAAGAAGCCCGGCGCCGCCAAGAAAUCGAUGGCCGCCAAGAAAGGCGGCCUGGGCGCUCAGAAGGUAAGCAGUCACAGCUUCAACGAGUUGGAGAAGAAAGCGCAAGCUGCAGACAAGCUCCGGGAGAAGGGAGAGGACGUGUCCGCCGGCAAGCAGAACAACGCGAAAACCGUGGAGUCCAUUGCUCCGUCCAUGCGUCUAGCCUACCAAGAUCUGGAGCAGCAGAGGAAAAAGGAUGAGCAGAAGCUGAAGAAUCUGGACGGGAAGAAGCGCGAGCAAGCGGAGAGACUGGGAAUGGGGCUCAGCGUCAGGAGUGGAGUGUCUCACUCGGUGACGUCCGACAUGCACAUCAUCCAGCAGGAACGCCCCCUGGCGGCCAGGACCGGCAAAUUGACGCGUUUCGCCGAAGACAAUGACGGUGGCGGUGAUGACGACGAUGACGAGGGAAGCUUCAGCCCUGGGAUCCUGUCCCGUUACGACCAAAACAACUCUUCGGACCUUUUCUCCUCCAGAUGGAGCAAAAAAGCCGAACCGGACUUCUUCUUGACGUCCACCAUCACCUCGCUAGAUGACAGGCCCGCCCCACGCAGGAAAUCAGACCUGGCACCCGUCGUCGACACGGGAGAAGCUCGCAAGAAGUUCGGCCAGGACGUCAAAGCCAUCUCUUCGGAUAUGUACUUUGGAAAGCAAGACAGCACAGAGUAUGAAGCCAGAUCACGGCUGGAGAGACUUGCUGGGAGUUCUGCCAUAAGUUCAGCCGACUUGUUUGACGAUCAGAAGAAGCAGGCCGCCAGUUCGUACCGCCUGACCAACGUGCUGCCAAGCGCUCCCGACAUGUCUCAGCUGAAAAUGGGAGUGCGCAGCGUCGCCGGAAAGCUCUCGGUCAUGGCCAGCGGCGUCGUCAACACUAUCCAGCGUUUCAGGAUCCUGUCCCGUUACGACCAAAACAACUCUUCGGACCUUUUCUCCUCCAGAUGGAGCAAAAAAGCCGAACCGGACUUCUUCUUGACGUCCACCAUCACCUCGCUAGAUGACAGGCCCGCCCCACGCAGGAAAUCAGACCUGGCACCCGUCGUCGACACGGGAGAAGCUCGCAAGAAGUUCGGCCAGGACGUCAAAGCCAUCUCUUCGGAUAUGUACUUUGGAAAGCAAGACAGCACAGAGUAUGAAGCCAGAUCACGGCUGGAGAGACUUGCUGGGAGUUCUGCCAUAAGUUCAGCCGACUUGUUUGACGAUCAGAAGAAGCAGGCCGCCAGCUCGUACCGCCUGACCAACGUGCUGCCAAGCGCUCCCGACAUGUCUCAGCUGAAAAUGGGAGUGCGCAGCGUCGCCGGAAAGCUCUCGGUCAUGGCCAGCGGCGUCGUCAACACUAUCCAGGACCACUACAACAACUGAAGGAUGAAUCACUGCGAUAAACUCGUCACAACAUGAUGGGAAGUAGACACAAAAAGUCCAAGGUGACGUCUUUUUGUACAUAGAGUGGCACUUUGGACACAAUGUUCACAUCAACAAAUGAGGCUUUACAAAGACUGUAGCGUCAUUUUUUUUAGCUUUGUAAAGGCAGACGUUUGUGAAUACGUUCCACUUUGAUUUGUAAAUAGAUUAGCAACAUAUGGAGCCAAUGUUAUGAAGGUUAUGGGUAAAA